GUGGCAUUGUGUUGUGACAAAACUGCACAUUUUGAGUGGCCUUCUAUUGUCCCCAGCACAAAGUGCACAUGUGUAAGUGUAACCGGUGUGAAAUGGUUAGCCAGUUAGCGGGGUGCGCAGUAAUAGCGUUUCAAGUCGGUGAUGUCACUUGCUCUAAGACCUUGAAGUAGUUGUUUCCCUUGUUCUGCAAGGGCCACGACUUUUAUGGAGCGAUGAGUAAAGAUGCUUCGAGGGUGUGUGCAGAGGGUCCCUGGUUCAAGCUCAGGGACCAAGCAAAGCCUUCCUACGACGAAGAAAGAAGAGGGCUAGCAGCAGACGCUGGGCUGUUAUGAGUAAAAGGCUUCAGGAAACACAAGAGCCCAUCAUCACACCUGUAACGACACAACUUGGAAAUGGUGACCCAAUCACCCAAACCAGUCCAGCGCAACUAGAAGACCCCACUGUAAAGAAUGUGAAGAAAUGGCUUCCUUUACUGGGUGUCAGAGUGUUGCUGCUGGCAUUUGGCAAGAUAUGCCAAAUCUGGAGGAACAGCCUGAGCCAGUCAUUUGCUGGAUUUUUGAAAACAUUUUCCGUCUGGCGGGGGUAUGCCAAACAAAUAGAGACCCUCAAGAAUCAAAUGGCUGAGAUGCAGAGUGAGAUGGGUGCCUUGCAUUCUGCUCUUCAGCAGGGUGGUAAGACUGGAUGCCACUGCCAUGGGACUGUGGCUGGUAGUUCAGUCUGUCCAAUGUUUCCUCCUACCCUUCUUCCAUUAGGCUGUGGCUCCAGUGUGGACCCUCUCCCUGCUCUCACACCACCACCACCACCUCCUCUUCCUCCUCCAUCCACCACUUUCCUGCAACCCUACAUCCCUAAAAAAAGAGUGGCUUCCAAUACUCAACAGGAGAAGCAGGACAUACUGGUGGCCGUGACCCUCAGGGAUUUACAGGCUGUUAAACUGAGAAAGGUUAUUGUCAGCAGUGUGAAGUCAAAGAGGACUCCAGAGAAGAUGCACGCCCCUCUGGUCACUGUGGCAGACCUGCAGAAUGUCCAUCUGAAACGAUCCCACUGCCAACUGCCCCCUAAACUUCUCAAACGCCUUAGCUUUGGCAGAACACCUACCAAAAGCCCUAUGAAUCUGCGUACACAGCUGAAAAGGGUUCAAAUCAAUAGGAGUCCAGGUGGGACUCCUCUGUUUGAUAAGGAGAAUAUGGAGACAGGCACUGGCCUCACCCCCAUCAUAACUCAGGCCCUGCGACGCAAGUUCCAGAGUGCCUUACCACGAGGACUGUCUCCAAAGGCAAAGAAUCUCAACGAAAGCUUUGAUCAAAACUGAGACAUUUGUUGAUGUAUACGCAGAUGUCGAUCGAGACUAGUUCAAAUGUAACGGAAAGGCAGCUGCCAUGAUAAAAAGUUCCAGUGUUGUAUGAGGACGGUAUGCAAGCUAUAGAUGUAACUAUUGGCCCAAUGCACAUUCUCUAGCACUUUCUGCUUUCUAUUGCUGAAUGAGUUACUAAGUGCUAGGUAGAUUGAGGAUGAAAAGAGGAAACACUUGUCUUGGACCACAAUUUUAAAACGGACAUAAAAGUUCUAAAGGCAAGCAGUUUCUGUAAAAGCUUGACCGCCCCACUGUAUCAAACAUAGGAUUGGUCAAUCCCAACACUGCCUCAAAACUGCAUGCUUCUUGGAACAGUGACACCAAGGAGGAUGUUGAGUGAGCGAUACUGAGAUUUAAAAGGCAGUAGUUGAGAUACUCUGAACAUGUUGUGGAAACAAUCGAUGAUAUGUUACUUGGAAUGAGUGAGAAGCAUCACUUGGUUUGAAUGUGGUUUCAGUUUAAUCUUUUCUACGAGGAAGUCAAUUUUAACUGUUCUAAAUGUAUCUGAGGGUCUAUGUUUGGAAAUUGCACAUUGACUGGGGACCCUAUGUUUGAGCUAUUUCACGUUAUUUGUUACUUUUCUCCAAAAAGUUUAUUGUAUUAUCUUUUGAUUUUCCAAAAAUGUUAACAUUUUGAACACACUGUUUUUAAACGUAUUUUAACCAUUCUUGUGUUUAUAAGAAUACAAUUUCAUUUGUGAUUUCCUAGACAUGUUUAGGAAACACCAAAUAAAUAAAAACAAAACAAAAUGUA